AUGGCGUUCAAGCUCGGACGGUUAAAUCUGGGCGCCGUCGCGCAGGGGGUGGGGGGGCUCGUGUUCGGAAGCGGCGACGACCAGGAAGACGACGGCGGAGUGGAGCGGCUGCUGGAUCGCAUUAGCAAUGGAGUGCUCGCAGAGGAUCGCCAGUCCGCCAUGGCCGACCUGCGCGACGUCGUCACGGACAGCCCUGUCGCACAGCAGGCGCUGGGAGCCAUGGGUAUCCCUGUGCUUCUAUCCGUUCUACGAGAGGACCGAGAGGACGUGGACCUGAUUCGGGGAGCUCUAGAGGUGCUGGUGGCAGGGUUGGCAGCAGGGGCAGGAGGAGGGGGCGCGGAGCAGAGGGAGAGGGAGUGGGGGCAGCAGCAGCAGCGGGUGGCGCCAGGGGUGAUCAACUCGGAGCUCUUUGCGCGGGAACCCCACAGCAUUGCGCUGCUGCUCGCACUGCUGGAGGAGGAGGAUUUUUACAUUCGCUACCACACCGUGCAACUGCUCACCAUUCUCCUCUCCAACUGCCCUCACAG